AUGUCCGACGACAGCUCCUACCUUUCCUUUCUUGAAAAGGCCAACGCGAACCCCAAAGCUGGGCAGACGCUCGCCGAGUCCGAGUCGACGUCUCAGCGCCGGUCGCAGCUCGAUCCGACGACGACAGGUUCCUCGUCCGCCGCCCUGCCAGCUUCCCUCAAGGCCCUGCCCGACAUCACCUACACGUCCGAUACCGACUCGCCAUUCGAGCCCGUGCUGUUUAACUAUUCAGGGGCGGACCUGCCCUCACCGGACGAGUUCGCCAAUUGUCUGAAGUCCGGCGGGGGCGGCGCUGUCGUCGAGGAGCUCAGCCCUCGGGACUUCGACCCGCGAGGGCAGUACGGCGAGGUCAUCCAGAGAGUGGAACAGGCGGGGAAGGGCAAAGCCGGGGUCAAGGUUUAUAGAGUGGAAUUGGGCAAGACGAGAGUCGAGUAUUAUAUCUUGACUCUGGGAGACAGAAUGUUGGUCGGUGUCGUGACCAAGGCGGUGGAGAGCUAG